AUGCAUGACCUUAUUUAUGAUCUUGCACAAUUAAUAGCAGGUGAGGAGUACACAAUUUUAUAUCCAGAUGGAGAAAACAUAGUUGGAAGAACUCGUCAUGUUGCAUUUCAUUCUUCAAAUUCAUUACCGGAUAUUCCCGCUCUUUUGCUCAAGGCUAACAAAAUGAGAACAGUUCUUCUACGAAUUCCAAUACUUCCAAGACUUGAUGAUGAGCUCAACGUGAACAAUGACAUACUUGAGUCGAAUAAGCCAGUCUCUGAUACACUUAUUUCAAGUUUUAAAUACUUGCGUCAGUUGCGUGCUUUGAAUUUGAGUCGAUCGAAUAUUCAAAAAGUGCCAAAUUUCAUUGGCAAGUUAGAGCAUUUAAGAUUUCUAGAUUUGUCUAGGAAUGAAGAUAUCAAACUACUCCCUGCUUCGAUAACUAAAUUGCAGAAUUUGCAAACACUAAGACUUGAUUAUUGUCGUGGGCUUAAAGAACUGCCAGGAGACACUAGAAACUUAAUCAGCCUUAGGCAUCUUCGGCUAGAUGGGUGUAAAAGCUUGACUCAUAUGCCUCAUGGAUUGGGAAAGUUGACCGCUCUCCAAACACUGUCGCUAUACAUUUUAGGGAAGAAAAAGAGUUCUCUCUCCAAGCCAAUGGGUGGACUAGGGGAUCUGGAUGGUUUAAAUCAGUUGAGAGGAGUGUUACGGAUCAAGGGUUUAAAGCACUCGAGAUCUUCUCCAUCAGAAGCAAAGGCUGCCAACUUGGAGAGGAAGCAACAUCUUCAAUGGGUGAUAUUAGAGUGGGACCUAGAAUCUGGUGAUGAAAGUGAUAAGGCAAUUGCAAAUGAUGAACAAUUGAAUUGCCCUAUGAUGUCCCUAACAACACCCACCUCUUCCUCUCCCCUUUCCGAUCUCUCCAAAUUGAAGUAUCUUUAUCUUGUGGAAUUAGAGGAACUUGAAUAUCUGCCACAAGAGUGGCUGCAAAACCUCACUUCUCUUGAGACCCUGGGGAUUUGGAAUUGUCGUAAAAUGCGAAUAUCUAUGUCUGCACUCUUUCAGCAUCUCACCUCCCUUGAAAAUCGGUCUAUUCUUGGUUGCAAAGAACUUAUCAGCAAUGAGAAUGAAGAUGGCACACAUGGCCUUGGACCUACAAGAUUUGGUCAUCUAUCUAUAGUAGACAUUCCAAAUUUGGUUUCUCUCCCAAGAGAGCUUAGCGAUGUUACCACUCUGCAAGGGCUUCAAAUUAUGGUUUGCCCUAGUUUGGUGUCUUUACCAGAGUGGAUAGGCAAUUUCACUUCACUUCAGGAGCUUGGAGUCGUAAAUUGUCCAAAUUUAAUGUCACUGCCUGAAGGUAUGCACCGCCUCACCUCUUUACGUCGUUUGACAAUUGCGGAGUGUCCUUGCUUGGAGGAGAGAUGUGAACAAGGAAUGGGAGAGGAUUGGCCAAAGAUUGCUCAUGCCCCAAACUUUCGUAAAGGCGGCGAUGGUAAUCUCAAAGAAUGGAUAGCAAGCCGAGCUCGCCAAUAUCUUGAGGAAGCAUUUAAGGUUUCACGUAUGGACGCUUCUUCAGACCUUGCCGACAAUUAG